AUGGUGACACCUCCAUUCGUACCCAAUAUUGAUUGGAAUAAUCAAUAUGAUAAUAUUAUUGAUAAUAAACCUAUAGAUACAAUGACUCAUAUUCCAUCACAACUGUCGAAAGAUUCAUAUUCACAUUCACAUCCAUACCCACAACCGCAUACACAUUCGCAUCCCUAUGAUACCUCACAUAGCCAUUCGCAUGCAUUUCUCGAAUAUAAUUACAAUGUGCUGACCCCCACGGGGAAUGAUAAUAUAAUGGUGCAAGGCCAUGCUGUGAGCAUUGAAGGGACGUUGGGAACAGUGACAAACCCGGAGAAUAUUCAUUUAGCUUUGUUAAAUAAUAAAAAUGAAGACAAUAAAUUGAUUCAUUUGGAUCCGGUACCGAACUUCUUGGAUAAAGCAGAUAUUAAACCGUGGUUACAAAAAAUUUUUUAUCCUCAAGGUAUCGAACUCGUUAUUGAACGAUCGGAUAAUACAAAAGUCGUGUUUAAAUGUAAAGCUUCAAAGAGAGGGAAAAAUGCUAAAGAACCUAUGUUUUCUAAUGAUCAUCAUGAAAAAUUAUCAAAACACGAUCAUAAUAAUAGCAAUACUUCGGAAGAUGAUUCACCUCAGGAGGAUUCAACAGGACAGAAAAAGGAGAAGAAAAAGAAAAAGAAAAGAUCUGUAUCACGAUUUAAUGUUUGUCCAUUUAGAAUAAGAGCCACAUAUUCUUUAAAAAGGAAAAAAUGGGGGAUAGUCGUAUUAAAUAAUUCACAUUCUCAUGAUUUGGAAUUUAAUCCAAAUUCAGAAGAAUAUAAAAAAUUUAAAGAUAAAUUGAAAUCUGAUAAUGAUGUUGAAGCAAUUAAGAAAUUCGAUGAAUUGGAAUAUAGAAUUAGAGUUCAUUUACCAAUUCAAAAUACAAUGAUUCCAUGUGAUUGUGGUAUGACUAGUGAAAUUCAAAGUUUUAAUAUUGUGUUACCAAAUACAUCAUCUUCAACAACAACAACAACCAAAAAUAAUUUGAUUCAUAAACCACAAUUAAAAAAGAAAAUAACUGAUUCUCUAUUACAACAAACAGCUAAAAAGAAAUUCAUUGCAGUUCAUUAUAAUAACGAAAAUAAAUCAAAUUCAAAUUCAAAUUCAAAUAUAAAACAAGAAAAUCAAUUACCAACGGUUUCUAAUAUACCAGAUUUCAUAGAUGAUCCAUUUGAUCAAGCUAAAAAUUAUGAUUCUACGGAUAAUUUCCUUUAUACAAAUAAUUCGAGUCUGCUUCCAAUGACAUUAACAGAAUCUGAAGAUAUUAUGGAUCUGAAUGAAAUAGAUUUUACAAAUAUUUUCACAAAAUCCUUCAAUGGUAAUAUGAAUAUUCAAUCAACAACUACACCAACGACAAUAGAGAAUGAUACAUCUCAUGGUAUAGCGUCAAACGAAACAAAUCAUAAUGGAUUAACUAGGACUGAGUUGGAUUUAAUUGAUAAUUUGACACCGGUUUCAUCAUUAUCUAUGUUCCACAAUGAUUAUAUUAAUCAUACAGAAUCUAUAUUAAAUGAACCACAAAGUCGUUUAGGUUCUAAUCAUACACCGGCAAUGAAUUAUUCAAGUCCACAUCAUAUUGCAAGAAAUGUUGGAAUGCAACCAAUAAAUGGCUCAAAUGAUUCACAGAUGCAACAUUUACCAAAUAUUCUCCAACCAAACCAUACAGGUAUUCCACAUAAAGGUAGCCCGUUAUAUUUGAACAAAGAACUGGACAUCUUGCACACAACAAACUCACCUUCUCCCAGUGUAAUGUCAAGAGAUGUUUUUGAUAUGGAAAACUAUCAAAUAAAGAAUGAACCACCAGAACAUCUUCCCUCUGAUAUAAAUAUUCAAGCCCAUCUGAACGUAAGUGACGACCCACUAGUUAAGAUUCAUGAAUCUGACGAUCAGAUAAAUAACUGGUUAUCAUCUUUGUAUCAACCACAUUGA